GCAGAACAGCUGAAGCUCUCGUUACACGGCUGCGGAGAUGGAGUUUGUUAAAGAGGAACGUGAAGAUCCAGAAACAUGCGGAACCACAGACGAAGACAGCGGCGAACAGAAAGACCUGAUGGAAGAGGAAAGUGAAGAAACCAUUGAAGCUGAAACAGAAAGUGAAGAACAGAGUGAAUGGGAAGAGGAAGGCGAAGAAAUAAGUAAAGUUGAAGAGGAAAGUGAAGAACUGAGUGAAGAGGAAAGUGAAGAAGAACUGAAUAAAAACUCUUCUAAAAAGAAAGUGUCACAAAAAAGAAAGUCGUGCACCUGCGGUCAGUGUGGAAGGAGUUUCACGUGUAAAAGAAGCCUGAUGGAACACAUGAGAAUCCACACCGGAGAGACGCCUUUCUCCUGCACUCACUGUGGAAAGCUGUUUAAAUACAAAGGAAGCCUUACCGAUCACGUAAGAAUCCACACUGGAGAGAAGCCGUUCAAGUGCACUCACUGUGGAAGGAGAUUCACACACAGAACGAGCCUUUCAGGACACGUGAAAAUCCACAUCGGAGAGAAACCGUUCACAUGCCAGCAGUGCGGGAAGGGUUUUAGAAGUAAAACAUACUACAAUAAUCACUUAAAAACUCACUCUGAUGUGAAGCCCUUCAUCUGUCUUCAGUGUGGGAAGGGUUUUAGUUUGCCAUAUCACCUGAAAUCACACGAGAUCGUUCACAGUGAAGUGAAGCCGUUUCACUGCCCUCCAUGCGGGAGGAGUUUCAGCAAAAUGACUGAACUUAAAAGACAUUUAAAGUCCUUAAUACAUAAUAAAUACCUGCCGCUAGAGAGAUUCAUGCUCCAGAGUGGCUCCUCAGCUCAUGGUUUGCCCUCAGGACUGAAUGUGUCCUUCACUAAAACACACCUCCUGCAGUGA